CUGAUUUUUUUCACCUUAUAGAGUUGUUCAGUACCCCACAAAUAAAAGUGAGACCAGCUGUGGUAGUAAGAGGAGAUCACAUGACCAUAACAUGUGAUGCAGAGCCACGCAGAUCAACUACAGUGCUUCAGUUUGCUUUCUACAGAAAUGGGCGCAAUGUGCAGGGAUUCAGUUUAUCCAACCAAUAUGGAGUCCCCUCGGCUCAGCUGGAGGAUUCUGGGAAUUAUAUCUGUGAAGUACAGACUCAAUCGGGCAGAAGAAGGAGGAGAAGCAAUGUUAUCACUAUCCAGAUACGAGGUGACCGUGGGCAGGAGAACAGUAUGAGGGAUGUAGAACAAUCUGGAACUUCCCCAGGUGGAACCCAAAGAAGAACUCUUGAAAAUACAUUGAGACUAAUAUUGGCUGCAGUUAUAUUCAUUGUUAUAUUGUGUCUUCUCUUCUACCACAUAAAGACAGUGGACAGAGGAACAUUUAUGGAUCCUGAGGCCCCACUACCAGCCACACCCGUGGGCCCCUUGCAUCUUCCUCCUACUCUGGAUUAUCACUUUGCACCCUCUGCACCCUAACAGCCUGGCCCAAGGCCCAACCCCCUUAUCACCAUUGUACAAUUUAACUGCAGGGAAGAGCAGAAGGGUGGGAUAACAGGACAUGGACAUAACAGGGAGUUGUGGGUUCAUGCUGGGUCCCAACUCUCUAUGCCUUCCCCAGGAGGUCAACUACGAGGUCUAUUGCCCCUACAGUAAUGUAUGGACAAGCGACAGAAGAUAGCAGAAGACAACAAGAUGGAGGGGAAUGUGCUUCAUCUCUUUGUUUGUACCACUUCUGGAUUAUGAGUGGAAAGGUCUCAACUCUUUAUAAAGACUGCAGUGUGUUCAUCCGACCCUCAUUCAACCAUGGUUUGUAUUAUCUUGAUUGAUUUAUAGACUCUGUAUUCAUUUUAGAGGCUCUGUCCACAGAAGGUAUUGAUAAAAUAGAAGUUAGGGUAGGGUAUGAUGUUCAUGGUCAGUACUAAUUGGUUGAAAUAUAAAGGGGCUUUGGGAAACAACGACCAUUGUUAUAAUGGCUUCUAUUACUACCUUUGGGAGUGGCUUACAGAGACAGUUUUGGGUACAUUGUUGAAUUAUCAUUGCAUUCAAUUGUUAUGAUGGCAUCAGUUUUGGACAUGGAGUCAACAUUUUUUUAAAAUGGCCCUCACCCCCCAUAGGGGCCCCUUCUGUGCCCUCAUAACCCCCCACUGGGGGCCCCGCUGUGCCCUCCUAACCCCCCACAGGGGCCCCUGCUGUGCCCUCAUAACCCCCCACUGGGGGCCCCGCUGUGCCCUCCUACCCCCCCUGGGGACCCCGCUGUGCCCUCAUAACCCCCCACAGGGGUCCCUGCUGUGCCCUUGUAACCCCCACAGGGGCCCCGCUGUGCCCUCCU